AUGGAAUUUAUUGCGAUUUUUUUGGUAACCAUAUCUGUUUGUAUUGCUACGGUUAUUAUAAGCUGGACUAGGAGCAGGCAGAAACGGCACAGAUUGUUUAAAGAGUGCGGCAUUCCAGGCCCGGAACCCGCCUUCUGGAAUGGAAACUUAAAAGAAAUCAAGAGCAGACCGACUCCACAUGAAACCAUCGCCGCAUGGUUGAAGAAUUAUGGAAAUGUAUUUGGAUUUUUUAUGGGGGAAUUACCGUUUGUCGUAGUAAAAGAUUUAGAAAUGCUGAAACAGGUAGACAUCACAGUUGAUGUCAUUACAAAGGAAGCGCAAAAGAACGAAGCAUUCGACAUGCACAAGGUUGUGCAAGGGCUGACGUUGGAUGUUAUAGCUGAUUGCGCCCUCGCUAUGAAAACACGCUGCCAGGACAAUCCAGAGGACAUUUUUCUCACAUCUGCAAGAAGUUAUUUCCACCACGCGCAUGGCUCGCUGACAGAUUGCGCGAUAAUGUUUCCAUCUGUGGCUCGCAUCAUGAGUUUUUUCCAUAGAUUCACGACAGCCGGACAAAUGACUGAUCUCAUUGUGAGCAGCUUGAGCAAAGCCAUCGCUGAAAGGAGCAAGAAUCCGAAAAUAAAGAAUAUGGACUUUUUACAGCUGAUGCUAGACCACCGAGAGAACAGCGUGACUGCCGUGGGAUUAUCUGAUGAAGAAAUUGUUGCCAAUGCUUAUAUUUUUAUUCUGGGUGGCUACGAAUCGACCUCGACGGCGUUGGCAUUUACCUUCCAUUUACUCGUGAAACAUCCGGAGAUUCAAGAAAAACAUUAUGAAGAGAUUCAGAAAGCGGAAGAUGACAGUUACCACUCCAUUCAAAGUCUCCAGUUUCUCAACCAAGUUUUAACAGAAUCUCUUCGAUUAUAUCCUCCAGUUACAGGAUUCAUAACUCGAGAGUGCAGUGAAGACUAUCAAGUAGGAUCAGUAACAAAACCGAAAGGAGUUAUCGUUGAAGCUCCCGUUUGGGACAUCCAUCACGAUCCAGAUCUGUGGCCAGACCCGUGGAAGUUUGAUCCGGAUCGUUUUUCGCCCGAAAACAAAGCAUCCCUGAAUACCAUGGCCUACAUGGCGUUUGGAAUCGGCAGGAGAAACUGCAUAGCGGCGAACUUCGUUCUGGCAGAAAUAAAACUCGCAAUAUUUAAACUCUUGAAAAAGUUCAGAUUCGAGGCUUGCGAAAAGACCGCUGAUCCUUUGCCAUUGGCAUGUCCCGCUGUCAUUACCUUCCCAGCCGAUGGAGUUUAUCUGAAAGCAAUACCGAGAGCUAUUACAAUAUAA